AGCCCCUCGUGAAGCGGAUAGACAGCAGCGAAGUGUUUGAAACUUUGAGCGAGAGUAGCGUUACACACGCACACACACGCGCCCGCGCGCGUUGGCUUUUAAAUACACGUACUAAUAACACGCCAGCCUCGUCUGCUUGCCGUUUCCUCUAAAACCGCGGAAUUGUGUGAAUGUGGAGAAGAGGAGAGAACAACGACGUUUAUAUCCGCCUCCGCCGCAGCGCCUUCGCCUUCUAACCAAAGCGGACUUUCUGGAGACUCUUCGUGCCGCCGACUUCCCGCCGACUGCAUCGCAGAGAGGGAGGCGCUCGCGUGAAAGGUGCCCGUCCAGUCACCGUCCUCCUACUGGAAGCUGCAGGAUGGCUAGAAGACUCCCCAUUCCCUGGUUGCUUUUUGCCGCCUUCUGCCUGGCGUCUGCAGGGCCGGUGUUUCGCAGCCCGUGUGAGCUGCUGCCCGUGGGGACCGGACACCCGGUGCAGGCCACGUCCAGGAGCUUCACAGUCUUGUCGGGCUGCGCCAGCCGGGGAACCGCCGGCCUCCCUCAGGAGGUGCACAUCAUCAACCUGAGAGGACGUCUUCCAGAGGGACCAGGCAACGCCCCGCCUGAAGUUGAGCUGCAUCUGAAGCCGAUCCAGUCUCUGCAUCGCCACCAGAAGCCACUGGUCUUAGUGCUGAACUCCCCCCAGCUGCUGAUCUGGAAGAUCAAGACGGAGAACCUAGAGCCGCACGUCAAACGAACCUUUCUUGUGCCCGAGGGCUCAGAGGUCCACUUCCAGUCGGGGAGCUUCUCCCUCUGCCAGAUCCAGAAGGAGACCCUUCCCCAUGGCAACGAGCACCUCCUCAACUGGGCCCAGAAGAAGUACGGGGCCGUCACCUCUUUCUCUGAGCUCAGGGCGACUCAAGACAUCUUCAUCAAAGUCGGAGAAGAUCCGUUUUUUUCUGACACCUGCAAGAUUGAUACCAAGUUCCUGUCUCUGAACUACCUGGGCGGCUACGUGGAGCCACAGGCAUCAAAGGGUUGUGUCUUAUCCGGCCCAGACAAAGACCAAGAGGUCCACAUCGUUGAGCUCCAAGCCCCCAACUCCAGCAGUGCUUUCCAGGUGGAUGUCAUAGUGGAUCUACGACCUCUGAAGGACGACGUCGAGCUGCAUCGCGACGUCGUCUUGCUGCUCAAGUGCGCCAAGUCGGUCAACUGGGUGAUCAAGGCCCAGAGGGUGAUUGGAAAGCUGGACGUGGUGGCCUCUGAUACCGUGAGUGUCAGUCUGAAUAUGGAGCGACUGAUGCAAGUGUCAAACUCCCCCAAACAGCUCUUGCCAUCGGGGCCUCAAGCCUUGAUCAAGUGGGCAGCGGAUCACGGCUACGGCCCAGUCACGUCCUACACCAACACUCCUGUGGCUAACCACUUCAACAUCCGACUCAGAGAGCCAGAUGUGGUGGAUCCUCUGGAGAGCAUGUUGCCUCCAGAGCUCUCCAUCCUGCGCGACUCCAGUCCCCAUCCAAGACCCAGAGCUGCAGCCCGGCGCUCCAGUCUGCCCUUCCCCCUCCACCUGCCUGCGUCCGACGGUCUGCCCUUUUCUCUGCCCUCCUUUUCCGACCACCCGCCCUGGGCGGGCGGGGAACCCGACAAGCAUCAGGGCGUCCUGAGUGUCGGCCUCAGCGUGCAGUGUGAGGACACGAGGAUGGUGGUCAGCAUCAAUAAAGAAAGCCUGCAGGCGAAGGGUUUUACUCAUGCCAACCUCACUCUCAAAGACCCAGCUUGCAAAGCAACAGUCAAUGCCACCCACUACACUCUGGAGACUCCUCUGACUGGCUGCCUGACCACCGUGUUCCCCAUGACGGGGAGCCCAAUGGCCUUCCACCUCAACUCUGUUUGGAUAACUCGUGCUGAGAUCAAGGAUGGGAGUGGCAGGCCGCUGGAUUACGAGGAUCUGGAAGUUGGAGACGCGGUGGAGGCAGGCAGGACGUUCACGGAGCCGGCAGAGCAACCGUCAGUCAUACGGUUCAACUGCACGUACCGUAAGAGCCAGGAGACCUCAGCAACCCGUCCCAGGAUUGUACCGGGGCCAGGAAGGCAACCGCCGAGCAACAUGACCUUUAACAUGGACUUGUACGACACGCCGGCGUUCAACAAACCCUCCCGCCAGGCCUUCUACACCGUCUCGCAUCAGCAGCGAGUCUUUGUGGAGGUCUCAUCAGCUGCAUCAGAUCCGGAGCUCGGGUUCAUCCUCGUAUCGUGCUUCAUUUCCACCAACUCCGACCCCAGUUUGGGCUCCGACUACACUCUCAUUGAGACAGUCUGCCCCAAAGACCAAUCGGUCACGUUCUGUCCUCAGGAGGAUCCCCCUGUCCCUCACACGCCGGCCGAGAGGCAGAGCUUCAGCUUCACCUUCAACUCAAACUUCAACACGUCUCUGCUUUUCCUGCACUGCGAGAUGUCUCUGUGCUCCAAGAGACCCCAAAGCAACGGGAGACUACCAACGUGCUUACAAACCGGUGAGAGCUGCGAUUCCAUUUCCAUGGACAACAUCCUGACAAUGAUGAUGAACAAAAAGACGUCUACCAAGCCGCUGGUUGUGGUGGACGGACCUGGUCAAUCCGAGGACAUGGGAACUCCUUCUCACCCACACGGUCCUCCCGAUGACGCUGAAGGGCUGUCCGUGCUGGACACUCCGACGGUGGUGGGGAUCGCCUUCACGGCCUUCGUGAUCGGGGCUCUGUUGACUGGAGCCCUGUGGUUUAUCUACUCGCACACAGGUGAGAAAGCAGGAGCACAGCAGGUGGAGAAGCCCCAGCCGGUCUCAGAGAACAGCAGCGCGGCCCACAGCAUCGGCAGCACACAAAGCACGCCCUGCUCCAGCAGCAGCACGGCGUAGCCCAGGACGCUGCCCGGCCGCUCGCCGGUUCCUUCGAUCUCCUUCCACGAGAGGAACUAUAUUUUUGAGGAUGUGAUAUAAAGGAGACAAGAGAGUAGUAGGAUUUGAAAAAAAAAAACACACAACAUCACUUUUUGCAUCCUUGCAUGUAAAUUCCUUUAGUGCCACUUCAAGUGUGUGCAGGCAAAUAUAGUGUCCUGUUGCUACUGGGCUGCUGGUGAAGCAACCCCACCUUACCAGCCUCACCUCAUAUCCAGUUAAACCAGUAAAACUACAACAAGCCAAUGUAAGUUCCGGCACUUCUUUCCAUUCAGACUGCUUUUGUUUUGACCCUGAGAGUCGUGCUGUUUGUAGCAGUGAUGUCAGUACUAGUAGGUGUGAUAUCAAUGGCCUGUAACACCUCACAAUGUGCAUCCCUGAAUGUGGCAAAGGAGCAAAGCAACCACUAUUAACAUGCGGACAAAUGUGCAGUAUAAACAGAAGUCGUCAUCUUGAUACACAGAGAGCGAGAGGGGGGGCGGGUGGGACUGGCUUUAGAAAGACAGUGUAGCUGUGAAUGUAUACAGAAGAAUAGAUGCCAAAAAAUGUGAAAGAAAAAUGUGAACGACAUGCUGUUGAAAUGGCACGUUUUGUAACGCGCGCAUACGUCCCUCCUAAUAGAUUUAUACACACAUGUAGUAAUGUCCUCUAGUGGACGGACCUCUGAGCCUCACGUUAUACAUCCGCAGAGUAAAACGUUGGAUAACACAAGUACCGAGCUUGUAACGGCAGGGGAUUAGCUUAGCUUAGCAUUAGGGCAAAAAGUAGAGGGAAACGGGUAGCUUUCUGAAAAAGAAAAUGAGAUGAAGGGAAACUAUUUGCCACGUCUCGCUAUUUGCCCCCAGCUUCCAGUUGUUAUGCUAAGCUAAGCUAAUCACCUCCUGGCUCCAAAGUCCGUGCUCAACAUACAGACAUCACGUAGUGGUAUCAUUCCUCGUAUCUCACUCGAUUCUGUGAAUUCUCCAAAUUGUUGCAAAGCAAAGUGCUGCUCCUGUACUUUAGAUCAGUCAAGGACAUCACACACAGAAUGACUGAGGAGUUGAUGCAGUUUUGGUCCUAGUGUCCUUCACGCUUCUGUCUUUAUUAUUGACAUUUUAAAACAGCAUCAAAUCUUGUUUGAGAAAUGUUUCAAAAUGAACAACAACCUUAUUCAACAUUACCAACUAGGUGUUUUACAUUUAGCGACUUUUGGAGCCAGCGCUGCUUGAUUGGACAAUUGUUUUUCAGUUGGAUCAAUUUUAAAAAUGCAGCACACUCUUGCCGGUUCCUCAACAUCACCAACCCCGUCUUAAGCUGGUGACUAUUGUUCUGUACACAGUCCAAUUCUUCUCAUCCGACAGAGUUGAUUGGUUACAGCAUAAAGCCAGACAGUGUACAGAAUCAUCUUUUUGGAUGAAUCUCUGCGCUGACGGUGUGUUGUUUUAAAAAAACCUCCACGGCUUCCCCACCGCCUAGAACGAUAUGAAUGUUUGCUGCCUUCCUCUGCCCGCGCGUGUUCUUUGGAGACUGUGUGUGCGGCUGACGAGGCCCUUCGAACUUUCCCUGUAAAGACCUGAACAGCCACCAGAAAACCAGAAUGUAUAUUAUCUCAAAGCUUUCCAUGUUUGUUUUUUUCUUUCUUAUGUAAACAUGUGUCAAACUUUCUACAGAGGAAACAGAGUCUAAAUAUAUAUUUGUGCAUAAAAUUAUAUUUUGGAAUAUAUUUACCAAGAGAAAUGUAUUGUCUGCCAUGUGUGUAUGUACUGUGAAUGUGCCACAACAUAAUACGUGUUCAUGGGGAGUUCAUUCUGUUUAAUUAAUUACAGCUUCUUGGCACGUUUUGUGACACUCUAAAGGAUGAGCAUUCAAUUAUUAUACUUAUUGCAAUAAUUAAAGUAAUGUUAUAGUACCUUUCCGAUGAAUACAUCAAAUAAGAAAACACUUUUAACACGCAUUAGUAAACGGAGUGAACUCCUCCCAGACUUAAAGGGAAAACUUUUCUGUGGGCGUCCGCUCUGUGUUGAUGGUCGAUGUGGUCAAUCAAUCUGAACUACGGUCACUUUGAAGGGAGGUGAGAACUGCAGGCUGCAAUGCAUCCUGGUACACGUAGGCACUGCUGGUGUGGCUCGCCGUGAGCAACGUGUACGUUUACCAUCCACGCUGACCGGACAUGCACGUGCAAAGUGGCAAAUUCUCCCUUUAAGCGUUCCUCCUUCGGCUGCCGCAGGGUCACAUCACAACAAACCCCACAUCGAGUAUAGUCACAACGACACAAACCCCCUUGAAAAAAUAAUGAAAAAAAUGUAAAACAAUGCUGAAAACGACAGCAAUUAAACCAGAAAAGAAAGCAGAAUGCACAAUAAGCGUGUCCUGUAAAUGCAGCGUGGAUUCAACCGUUAACUCUGCUUCUGGAAACUCAACUGGUUUCAAUAACCCUCGAGAAAUAAUUGUCAAUGAGUAUUAAAACCACUUGGUUCUGUUUGUUUUCUUCUACCGGGCCGGUUGCCAUGUCUGUUAGUGCCAAAAACCUCAGUUAUUAGAUAAAUAUGCGGCAGCGACACGCUGCUGUCAUGGGGCGGCGUGUGCAGGGAAAGGUCCGUGCUUGGAAGGAGCGCCGGCGGUCAUUGUGGGAACGAGGCUUUCUGACAUUCCUCCAGUCGCUGCCUUUCUCUUAUCGACUGCGGCGAAACCAUCUCCUCGGUGUAAUUACCGCUGCCCUCCCGCUCAUCAGCGUGGUUACGGAAUAUGGAAUAAUGACGCUGUAUCAGAUAAAAAGGAGCAGUAUUCUAGUCGUAGAUCACAGGAUGAAACAGUUAAUGCUGACCUGAAAACAGCUGUAAUCGGAAUGUACGUGGUUAUCGAUUGUAUUUUUUUUAACCGUUUGACUACCUCAUGUUUCUCUAUGAAUGUGUAAUGUUCGUGCUGCGCUGCGUGUCUCUUUUCUGUACGUCUGUAGAUUAUACCGCGGUUGGGGCCGUUUAGGGGCCCCGCGUGGUUUUGUUGCAGUUUCCCGUCUAUUCUUCAAUCUCAAAGCAAGAAGAGUUUAAGCUUUCCCAUGUUGCCAAGAUGGAUUUUUGUUUUCUGUGGGGAGGGGAACGUUGUAAAUUUGUAAAACUUUGAUAAGCCCUUGAUAUUUUCCUUCAGGAUUUCGAAACCUUUUAUAUGCUGUAAAUACGCAUGAUACCUGUGUACCCGUUAUGUCCAAUAAAAUCAGUGUAAUAACGUA